AAAUUUUCCAAUUCUUGAUAAAAUACCUAAAUACUUAUACUCUUUUAAUUUUAUCCCUCUAAGAAAAAUUAAACACAACCAUUUUAAAACUAAACUCUAAGAAAGAAAUGAUGGUCAUGUAAGUUAGGCCAAGUUGGUUAAAUAAGAGCUUUUCUUAGGCUACACUAUUAACAAGUCGCGCAAAAGGAACAGAGAAAUGUUCCCUAUUGCAACUCUUUUCCACCCUAUCUUUCUCCUCUUCCUCUCCAUCUUUGUGUUUCUUUGGAAAUGGCUCCUCUCUCCUCAAACCAACAACAAACAAAACUUGCCACCAUCACCACCAAAGCUCCCAAUCAUAGGAAACCUCCACCAACUAGGUCCCCAACCACACCGCUCUCUCCAAUCCCUAGCUCGCCGUCAUGGCCCCCUCAUUCUCCUCCACCUUGGGAACAUCCCCACUCUCAUAGUCUCCUCAGCUGAGUUCGCUCAAGCGGUCAUGAAAACCCAUGAUCUCUUCUUCUCAAGCAGGCCCAACUCAGCCAUCCCGCGACGCCUCCUCUAUGAUUUGAAGGACUUAUCUUUAGCCCCCUACGGCGACUACUGGCGACAAAUGAGAAGCAUAUGUGUCUUACAACUUCUAAACACCAAAAGGGUUCACUCGUUUCGACGAGUGAGAGAAGAAGAGACUAUUGCCUUGCUUGAAAAGAUAGAAAACCGGUCUUCUUCUCCAAUGGACUUAAGCGAAAUGUUGGCUUCACUUACGAAUGAUGUGAUUUGUAGGGUUGCGUUUGGGAGGAAGUACAGUGAAGGUGAGAGAGGGAAGAAGUUUAAAGAGUUGUUGGAAGAGUUUGGUGCAUUGUUGGGUGUCUUUAAUGUGGGUGAUUUUAUACCAUGGCUUGGUUGGGUGAACUAUGUGAGUGGUUUGAAUGGGAGAGUGGAGAGGAAUUUUAGGGAGUUUGAUUGCUUUCUUGAUGAGGUUAUUGAUAAUCAUAUGGGGCAAUGGAGGAGUGGAAGAAAAAAGGGUGGUGAUAAAGGGGAAGAUGAGCAAAUCGACUUAGUGGAUGCUUUGCUUGAAAUUCAGAAAGAUAGUAGUAGUAGCAUGGAUGGUGGUGCUUCCUUGGGUAGAGAUAACCUCAAAGCUAUUAUUUUGGAUAUGUUUGCUGCUGGAGCGGAUACCACCUACACAGUAUUAGAAUGGGCUAUGACUGAAUUGCUAAGGCACCCUACAACAAUGAAGAAACUCCAAGAGGAGGUUAGAGGAAUUGCCCCUAAAAAAGCAAACUUAAGUGAGGAUGAUCUUGAACAAAUGCACUAUUUAAAAGCAAUAAUCAAAGAGACUCUUCGGCUACACCCUCCGGUGCCAUUACUAAUUCCUCGAGAAUCAACCAAACAUGUCAAAUUACAAGGCUACGACAUCCCGACCAAAACAAGAGUAUUCAUCAACGCAUGGGCUAUUGGGAGAGACCCUUUAUCAUGGGAAGAGCCAGAGGAGUUUCGACCAGAAAGGUUCUUGAAUAGUUUGAUAGACUUCAACGGACAAAAUUUUCAAUUUAUUCCAUUUGGGGCUGGAAGAAGAGGGUGUCCUGGAAUUGUAUUUGCUAUUGCCAAUCUUGAACUUGUGUUAGCCAGUCUUGUGCACAAGUUUGAUUGGGCGUUGCCUGGAGGGGUAACAGGGGAUAAUAUGGAUUUAGCCGAAUCUUCAGGGAUAACUAUUCAUAGAAAGUUUCCCUUAAUUCUUGUUGCAACUCCUUGUUUCUAAGGUUAUUUUGAUUAUUUCUUGAACCAUUAUGUGACUCAAUUAUUAAUAUUUUCACUGCUUUGAUCAUA